AUGGCCUCCCAGUAUCGGUGCCGGUGGCCAGGGGCCGUGAGUUUCGUACUGGUGAUGGUGUUGCUACAUAGUGGCCACUCGUUGUCGCCCAGGGAUUGUGCAAAUGCGGGACAACUGUUGCCCCAUCCGAAAGACUGUCGCAAGUAUCUGGAGUGCGUCGGGGACACCGAGCUACGAUUAUUGACGUGCCCGGACGACAAGCAGUUUGACCCGGCCGCAGCCACCUGUACCAGCCGCAGCCGCGGUAAUGAGUGUCCCCAGCGCAAGGAUGAAGAAUCCGGGACACCGGGGGGUACCUAUCUUGGACGAGCGAUCGUGGAUCCGUGCGUGGGCAGUCGACCGGGGACCAAGUUCCCACAUCCGCUCGACUGUUCUCUGUUCUACCAGUGCACGCAGUACGGUGGUUCAGCGCUGUUCAGCUGCCCAGCAAAGCUUGUGUUCCACGCCCGCAUGUUGGUGUGCGUAUGGCCUCAGAACGGUGUUUGCGAUCCGGGAGGUGGUGGUGGCGGCGAGGGUACGGAACUGGAGUGCGAUGCUGGCUGCUUUCUGGACUACCGCUGCCCACUCGGCUGUGAUCCGAUUGUGCCACCGAAGGUCAUUCCGCAUCCCAGUCGGUGCGAUGCGUACUUGAGCUGCAAUGCGAACGGACACUCGUGUGAGCAGCUGUGUCCGCCGGGCAUGUGGUUCAGCAGCAUUUUCCGACGGUGCAUCAUUCAAGAGCUGUCCGAGUGCGUUCCCGUCAAUCGGCCGGACUGUUUCGUGCCCGUGUGCACACCACAUCCCGACUGUCCCGCGAUCGACACGGACCCACCGACGAUGCUGCCGAAUCCUGGGAACAACAACACGUACUACAUUUGCCGCGAUGGGCUGGGCUGUCUAAUGUUCUGCCCGCCGGAACUGGUGUGGAACUUCCUCACCGGGCAGUGCGAUAUGGGCGAUGGAGAUGCUGAAACCGAUCCCCCGCCAACGCCAUCACCUCCGAUUACUCCAGAGCCAGUUACUACUCCAGAGCCAGUUACUACUCCAGAGCCAGUUACUACACCAGAACCGGCCACGACUCCAGAGCCAGUUACUACACCAGAACCGGUCACGACUCCAGAACCAGUUACUACUCCAGAGCCAGUUACUACUCCAGAGCCAGUGACCACGCCAGGGCCAGUUACAACGCCACCCCCGGUUACUACCCCAGACCCGGAUUGUCCGACAUGUCCACCAUCGAACUGCGUACCGGAUCCAAGGUGCCCACUGUGUGAGCUUUGUGAGCCAACUUUCUUCCCGCAUGAGGACUGUGGACUGUACUACAAAUGUAAUUUUGGCAAUAUCUGCGAGAUGAAGUGUCCGCCCGGGCUGCACUUCAACUACCGUGAGCGGGUAUGCGAUUGGCCAGACCAGGCCGGCUGUGCGUAUCCGCCCAUCACCGACGAGCCCGGCCCAUCGGUCUGCCAUCCGAAUCCGGCCUGCCCGUCCGGGUCCGGCGAGUGGUUCCUGCCGCACCCAAACAGCUGCGAUCUGUUUUACAAGUGCAGCUGGGGCAACGCGUGCCUGAAGGAGUGUCCGGACGGGCUGCACUGGAGCAUCGCGCACAGUCGCUGCGAGUGGCCAUUCCUGGCCGGCUGCGAUCCAACGAUCCCACCAAACGAUCCGAACUGCCCAACCUGCCCCUGUCUACCGUGCCGCUCCAACGGCAACGCGUGCCACCGGUCGGCCCGCUGUGCCCCGGAGCAUACUGGCCACGCGAACGCCACCCUUAGCUUCAGCCACGAGCAGCACUGCAGCCAGUUCUACGAGUGUCUGGCGGGCCAAGCUUGCGCCCUGAGGUGUCCGAUCGGGCUCGAGUACAGUGGCGGCGUAGGCCGUUGCGACGAGCCCAGUUUGGCGAAGUGUAGCACACCUUAG